GAGGGAUGAUAGCCAGGCCGGGGUGUGUGUAGAGGAAGAACGUGAGCCCUUGUGACGCGCAGCAGGGACUUAAGACCGGCGAGUAGUCUCGCGUCCUGGAACCUCAUUCAGAUCCACGGCAGGAAAACCGCGGGUGCGUAGUGCGACAACUACGCCUGCGCCGCCGCCAGAGCCUGACUACCUUUAGCAAGGGGACAGAGGCUGAGUGGGUGGUGACAAUCGGGAUUCCGGAAGCCCACCUUUCACCCGGAAAUGAUUGUGGAGGAACAUGGCGUUGCUGGUGCGAGUCCUUAGGAACCAGACUAGCAUCUGUCAGUGGGUUCCAGUAUGCAGCCAACUGGUAUCAGUGUCUCCUACCCAAAGACAGUGGAGCAGCACUUCCCAGUGGCUCCAGAAGAAUCAGUCUCGAGUGUGUGUGGGAUCAGAACAGACUGUUGGAACGGACACAGCGCAGAGUAGGAAAUACCAUAACACAAGUAAGUAGCUUCUUACUACCCAAGAUUUCCCGCAGCCUGUUGAAGAGAAGGUCGGUCCCUUCACGAAGAUAAUAGAAGCCAUGGGAUUCACUGGACCUUUGAAAUACAGUAAAUGGAAGAUCAAGAUCGCGGCCCUCCGCAUGUACACGAGCUGCGUGGAGAAGACUGACUUCGAGGAGUUCUUUCUGAGGUGUCAGAUGCCCGAUACAUUCAACUCCUGGUUCCUCAUAACCCUGCUUCACGUCUGGAUGUGUCUAGUCCGAAUGAAGCAGGAAGGCCGGACUGGGAAGUACAUGUGCCGGAUCAUAGUUCAUUUCAUGUGGGAAGAUGUGGAGCAGCGCGGCCGAGUCAUGGGGGUUAAUUCCUAUAUCCUAAAGAAGAACAUGGCCCUCAUGACAAAUAAUUUCUAUGCAGCAAUCUUGGGAUAUGAUGAGGGGAUCCUUUCAGAUGACCAUGGCCUGGCUGCUGCACUCUGGAGAACCUUCUUCAACCAGAAAUGUGAGGACCCUCGACAGCUUGAAUUGCUGGUGGAGUAUGUAAGGAAACAGAUGCAAUACCUGGACUCCAUGAACGGUGAAGAUCUGCUGCUGACAGGGGAAGUGAGAUGGCGCCCUCUGGUGGAGAAGAAUCCACAAAGCAUCUUGAAGCCCCAUGCUCCUACUUACAAUGAUGAGGGCCUUUGAGAGACUGGUCCCUCCAGACAGCUGGCUGGCUGGCUUUGAGGACCCUCCAUGGAAGAAGUGCCUGUUUGCCCCAGGACCCUGAAGAAGGUGGCCUGAACUGACUUGUGAACAGUACCUGUUGAAUACUCAGCCCACUCGUGUUGAGUUUCUUCUUCCUGAUCUGGUGGGGUUACUGCUGGGAGGUCCUCUUGCUCUUCUGACAGGUCCCCUCCCUCAAGAGAAGCCCCAGGCACACUUCCCAAGUCCCCUCAGCUCCACACGUGACUGAGAGCUUUUUCCGAAGGCUGAGGAAGGAAUGGGUAGGUUAGAAGGGGGUGCCUUCACUCAGGGCCCCCUGUGCUUGGAGCAGUUUAUUAUUAAGUUCCAAAGUCACAGUGGGUAACCAUAUAUUGUCCCACCUCUGUGAGCCAUGGGGUUGAAAUAGCCAUUAAAAAAAGAGACUUAUUUCUGCCAUGGUUUUUCUUUGUUCCAAGGUCUUUCAGAAACAUAGUUAAAGCCCAGUGUAGUGGUGCAUAUCUUUAGUCCAAGUAUUUGGGAGGCAGAGGCAGGUGACUCUAGGUUCUAGGUCAGCAUGAUCUACAGAGUGAAUUUCAGGGCAGCCAAAGCUACACAGAGAAAGCCUGUCUUGAAAAAACAAGAAAAAAGAAAAGCGCAGGUGAGGCUGUGGGUUCUCCAAGCUCAGGAAAUAACUGCAGCUCAGUUAGAGGCAGCACGGAGAGGAGAGGAGGCCAGGGGCUCUCUGCUGCUACUCCUGUCCCCAGGUCACAGAGAGGAGUCACUGUCUGGGCAAGGUACAGUCUGCCAGGCAUGUUCACUGGGAUCCAGGAGGUCUCAGGACCAAGGGGCUUGUCACAUCCUAAGUCAUUUAGAAAGAACAAAAGUCCCUUUGUCACCCACAGUGAACUGGGGAAGGAACACACUCUCUGCACUUGGCCUCCCUUUACAUGAGAUACUGUGGCGUACUGGUACCAUCCAAGCCGAGGCCCAGUGUCUACCCCCACCCCAAGUUCUAAAGCACGGGCUGUAAUGGGAACUUGAGGGGCCUUUUCUCUCUGGGCACUUGAAGGGUCUGUUCUCUCUUCCCCGAGAGUUUGGGUCAUCUCUUGGAAGGUUUUCUGAAAUUGAGGAAAGGGGGUGGGGCCCGUCUCCUCCCUCCCUUCCCCCACCCAGCUUCCUUCAUUGAACUUGCUAUAAAAUGAGUCAUAUGAAGAAACCCUAUACUGUGAGGUAUGCGCCACUUCUGUGAAAACAUUACAAAUCAAGCCGCCUUCUCAGUUUAUUUAAGAUGCUUUUGUUGCAAGCGGGGCUCUGGAGUGAGGCGUCCUCUGUGAGCAUGAGAUAAUAGCACCUUGUAACUCAUUACAUCUGGGCACUAUUUACAUAAACCAGAGGCGAGCCAGGCAGGGAUUUGCUGAUUAAUUUAUUUUUAAUGGACUGAAGUAUGCCAUGCACCAAAAUAAACUUUACUGUGUGUACCUAA